AUGGACGAAACUCACGCCAACACCGUACCGGCUUCUGAGGAAAAGGAGCCGUCGGUGAAUGACUUGGCGUUUGAGCGCAUUAGGCGGAUCUGGGACAAUAAGAGGAAGGAGGAACAUGUUGCGAAAACGCACUGUUCGUACUGCGACAAACGAGGCAGUCAAAGAAAGCCGCUGCAGACAUGCUCUCACUGCAAAGCGGCGCGCUACUGCGACACGGACUGUCAGCGUGCAGAUUUCCGCGCGGGCCACAAAGACGAGUGCAAGGGUUUCGCACGUCUCCCAAACACCAUGGCGUUCCAAUACGAGCCCAACCCCGAGGAGCGCUUCCCGCACCAUCCCAUCUUUGCGCACGCACACGCCGAUGAUGUGGGGUGCUGGGUCACUGUCGAUGGCCGCGUCGACGGCGAGUAG